AUGUUUCAUAUAGAAUGUUUAGAAGCAGUUGUAGUUGUUUCAGUAUUAUUAGCAUUUUUAAAACAAGGUAUUGGAAAAGCAACAACUGAUCCAAAAGUUUAUAAGAAGCUAAGAAAUCAAGUUUGGAUAGGAGCGAUAUUAGGAGUCAUAAUUUGUAUUAUUAUUGGAGUUAUUUUUAUUGCAUUGUUUUAUACAUUAGGUAAUGAUAUUUGGUCAAAAUCUGAAGAUUUAUGGGAAGGUAUAUUUUGUAUUAUUGCAACAGUUUUAAUUAGUUUAAUGGGUAUUGCAAUGUUAAGAAUUAAUAAAAUGAAAGAAAAAUGGAGAGUUAAAUUAGCUCAAGCUUUAACAAAAGUUCCUGACCACAAGAAAGAUAGAUUUAAAAUUGGUUAUUUAACUAAAAAAUAUUGUAUGUUUAUUUUACCUUUAAUUACUUGUUUAAGAGAAGGUUUAGAAGCUAUUGUAUUUGUAGGUGGUGUUGGUUUACAUUCUCCUGCUACAAGUUUUCCCAUUCCUGUUAUUUGUGGAUUAAUUGCUGGUAUUGCAGUUGGUACUAUUUUAUAUUCUUCUGGUUCAACUGUUUCAUUACAGGUAUUUUUAAUUAUUUCAACUGGUAUAUUAUAUUUGAUUGCAGGAGGUUUAUUUUCGAGAGGAAUAUGGUAUUUUGAAUCACAUGUUUUUAAUAUACAAACAGGUGGUGAUGCUUCAGAAAAUGGUUCGGGUCCUGGCACUUACGAUAUUGCAAAAUCUGUUUGGCAUGUAAAUUGUUGUAAUCCAGAAAUUGAUAAUGGUUGGGAUGUUUUUAAUGCUUUAUUAGGUUGGCAAAAUUCAGCAACAUAUGGUUCAAUUUUAUCAUAUAAUCUUUAUUGGUUAGCAGUAAUUGUUACUUUAUUAUUAAUGCUUUAUGAAGAAAAAACAGGACAUUUACCAUUUUUAAAAGGUAUAACAUUAAGAUCAUUAAAUCCAAUGUAUCAUAUAAAGAAUAAGAAAAAACAUGAAUUAACAGAAGAAGAAAAACAAAAAUUAUUCUCAGAUCUAAAAAAUGUUAAAUUUGAUUCAAAUAAUGAUGAAGAUGGAAAUAACAGUUAUGAAGAUGAUGUUGAAGAAGUUAAAAAUGAAAAAAUUAAUGUUGAUGCCACAUUAACGAGAGAAGUUGUUAAUGUGGAAUUACCCAAUGCUGAACAUAUUUCCGAAAUGGAACCAGUUCAGCAAGCUAAUUCAAGAGUGGCAACAGCUUUAGUAAACGAAGAAAGAAUAGUUGAAGAACAAGCCUCAACUGCGGCCACACAGAAUUCGGAAUUUGAUUUAAAUGUAUCUGUUGAUAACAGAAUCACCUACAAGCAACCAACAUUACUUCAAGACGCUAUCAUUAGUGAAUCUAAGUAUUCUUUAAAACUAUAUAAAUUGAGAGCAAUACAAGAUCAUUCCAAAGCUUCAAACUACCCAAAGCAACUUCGGGCUCAAGCUUCAGCACAAUAUUUCGAAGGGGAUUUGAAAGGAUCCAGUUAA